AUGGUCAAACUGUUGGAGCACAUUGCCAACCGGAACUCCAACAAUGAAGAGUCGCUCCAAGGCCUGCGGAAACGAAGAGUCAUUGCAUAUCUCUCUCUAGUGAUGGUCGCAUCCUUUGUCUUGUUGGGGCAGUACUGGGAGACUCCUCUAUUGACAGUCAAUACGAUAAAGAGUAAUGGUAGUAGCAACCAUACGCACCACAAUGCCACUCAUCACAACAGUAGCAACCACAAUGCCACUCGCAAAAGUAACAUCAAAGCAGCAACAAUCACACCAGCACCAACAUUUCCAAAGACAAAGAAUGAAACCAUUCCUCCUCCACUUCCUGUAGAUCCUCCUCCACUACCUCGAAUUGCAUACAUUGCCAUGGGCCACUUGAACUCGACCGAUCGGUGGGAUGGAUGUCUUCAUCCCGCUACAGACUAUUUUGUGCCAUCGCCAGAUCCCUACUAUAUUGUCAUGAACGAACAAUGGCGUGCCAAGUACGAACAACUCGUGGAAACCAACAGCACGUUUCAAAACUAUUCCAGUCGCAUUCAACCCAUCUACACCGAUUGCAUGCCGGAAGCCAAAGGAUGGCCGUCGUGUUGCAAACAAGAUCAAGGAUUGGCACAUUUUUACAAGCACUACUAUUCUGAUGCUACCAAUCAAAACAAAAAGUAUGAUUGGAUCUGCUUUCAAGAUGACGAUGAAUACAUUCGCCAUCGCGCCAUGCAAGAAUUCUUGCGCUAUCUUCCCAUCACCGAUGAACCAAUCGUGAUUGCCUCCGAUCCUCCCGAAGGACAUCCCUUGGGGCAAAGUGGAUAUAUUCCCAAACGAUCGCCGUACAAAUGCCCCCGCGACAGUGACAAUUGGAAAUAUCCAUGGGGACAACCCGUCUUUUAUAAUCAAGCGGCGUUUGAAUUGCUCCUGCCCGCCUGGAAGGCAGGCGCCAUGACGAAACAAUGCAAGGAAUUUGACUUGUAUGCACACGAUACCGGCAAUGCCUUGCUUCAUUGGAUGUUUGGAAUACCGGCGCUGUGGAUGCGAAAUCCCGCCAGUGUCAAAUCCGGAAUGCGCAAUGACUUUUUGGGAAUGCAUUCCGUAUCCCGAUUUGGACCACAAUCCUCCAUGAAAGCCGUGCACGAAAAAUACAGGGACAAAAUGCCGUAUCCCUACAACAAUGACCUGAGACCACAGUACAUGUGGUCCUCCAAUGCGACCGGUUUCAACCAAACCAAAACGUAUCAAUUAUAUGGUCAUCCAUCCACAUGGGGGGAGAAUUGGCAUAUCUUUCCCACGUCCGAUUGUCAACAGAGUUUUGAGUAG